GUAUCAGUUCUGUCAAAAAUUUUCAAUAAUUUAUAUUUUUCAUUCAUUUUGAAAUUUUGUUGUUGAUUUUUAUUAUUAUUUUGUUUUACGCAAUCUUUUAUUUUCAUCACAAAAUGUCGAAAACAGUUAUGAAUGAAGGUGCGUUUCGUGCACGCGAUAUUGGAUUACGUGCCCAAAAGAAGAUAUUAUCACGCAUGGCUGGUAAAAAUGUUGCACGCGCUUUUAUUGAUGAUAACACUGCAUCAUUAUUGGAUAAUUUGUAUCGUUUAGCUAAACAAUAUACUGAUAACAAAAAGGAAGCAGAGAAAUUAGUGAAGAACAUAAUAAAAGUUGUAAUAAAAUUAGGUGUGUUAUAUCGUAACAAUCAAUUCUCACCGGACGAAUUAAAACAAGCCGAUCGUUUUAAAAAUAAAUUCCAUAAAGCUGGUAUGGCUGUUAUUUCAUUCUACGAAGUUGACUACAGUUACGAUAAAAAUUAUUUAUUAUCAGCAUUAUCCGAAUCACAAAAGUCAUUACGAUAUAUUGUUGAACGACAUUUAACAGAGAAAUCAUUAGCACGUAUCGAUAGUAUAUUUACAUUCUUUGGUAAUGAACAUUUUUUGGAUGCUGUGUUUAAAACCGAUUCGGAAUAUAAAGAAACGUUAGGGCGAUUAGUUGCCGAUUUAAAUCGUGCAUUAGAUAAUGGUGAUCUUUAGUUUAAUACAUAUUUAUUAUUUUUAUUAAUUUUUUUAAAA